AUGUCGGGAACGCUGAUUGGUCAGGAGCUGGAGCCUUCUCUGCUCGUAGACCUGGAGCUGCACUCGCCGCGUGAUCCGGAGCUUCAUGCGAGUCAGCAUGCGCAUCAGCAGCAGCUGGGCGGGAAAAUGGAGUACAAUUACCUCCAGCGGGUGAAGGUGUACCGCCUGAACGACGACGGCAAGUGGGACGACAAGGGCACGGGCCACGUGUCCGUCGAGUAUCUCGAGCGGUCGGACGCGAUAGGGCUGGUGGUGAUCGACGAGGAGGACAACGCCACGCUGCUCGUGCACCGCAUCUCCACCGACGACAUCUACCAGCGCCAGGAAGACACCAUCAUCUCGUGGACGGACCCCGAGGUGGCGACGGACCUGGCGCUCAGCUUCCAGGAGAGCAUGGGCUGUGCUUAUAUCUGGGAUCAAAUCUGCAACGUGCAGCGCCAGAUCCAGCUGCCCUCCGUCCUCGCAACGGAGGUGGCAAAAGACUCAUCGGAGCUGCCAGCAGUGGAGACCCGCACACUGCCAGCCAUCGCUAAGCUGGUGACGGACGUGUCCCCCUUCCACCGGGACCGAAUGGCGUCCCUCAUCCUCCGCGAGGGCUACGUGCAGCGGCUGGUGGCGCUGUUCAGGGCGAGUGAGGGCGCCCAUGACACCCCCGCGCUGCACCACCUCUACCGCGUCUUUAAAGGCCUCGUGCUGUUGAACGACUCACAGCUGUUGGAGCAGCUGUUUGCACCGGAUGCCAUCAUGGACGUCAUUGGCGCACUCGAGUACGACCCGGACGUGGCGAGCAGGCAGCAGCACCGUGCGAGUGUGCAGCAGCAGGCGGUGUACCGCGAGGCGCUGCCCAUCCCCAGCGCCGCCCUGCUCGCCAAGAUCCACCAGACGUACCGCCUCGGGUACAUCAAGGAUGUGAUUCUACCGAGGGCCCUGGACGACCAGACGUUCAGCAGCAUCAACUCGCUCAUUCUCUUCAACAACGUCGAGGUGGUGACAACACUACACAGCAACAAGCCCUUCCUGGCGGACCUCUUUGCGCGCCUGCGCGCCUCUGACCCCCACUCGCCCCAAUUCACUGACCUCGUGCGGUUUCUGCAGGAGUUCUGCGCGCUGCACAAGCACCUGCAGCUCGCCCAGCGCACCUCCUUCUUCAGUGCGCUGAUAGCGCUGGGCCUCUUUGACGUGUGUACGCUCGUCAUGCAGCACCCUCUGCACUCUGUUCGCCUCUCUGGAAUCGACAUACUCAUGUCGCUCAUGGUGCCAGACCCCGCCCCGCUACGCACGUUCCUCGUGGAGCAACCCAACCACGCCCUCCUCUCCUGCCUCGUGCGCGGCAUGGUGGCGUGCAGGCAGGCGGAAGGAGGGCUGCACGCACAGCUGCUGGAGAUGCUGAGAGUGCUGCUGGACCCUGAUACCAUGGACGCGGCCGACAAGAGCAAGUUUCUUGAUCUCUUCUACGAGGACUACCUUCAGCUGCUCAUCUCAGCCGUUGUUGCGGGCACCAGCGCAUCUCAGCCGUCCACGUUCCCAGCUGCUGCCCGAAAUUCCACCGGGGCUAUGAAGAAGAGGCGGGCAGCUCAGGGGAGGGCAGAUGGUGGGGGGAGCGGGAGAGUAGACAGAGAAGCGGGGAGAGGAGCAGGAGGCAGGGGUGAUGAUGCAGAACCAGCAGAGAGGGAUGGAGCAGAAGGACGGGAAGCAGAGAGAGGGGGGGCGAGGGGGGGUGGAGAGCAGGGGGGUGCAGAGGGCGAGGAGAGGCGGGGGCAAGAGCGGGGUGGUGGAGGGGGUUCCGAGGAGCCGCCAUCACCGGACGUGCUGACAAGCAUCUGUGACCUGCUCUGCUUCUGCGUGCAACACCACAGCUUCCGCAUGAAGUACUACGUGUUGCGCAACAGCGUGGCGGAGAAGGUGCUGCGGCUGACGCAGCGGCGGGAGAAGUACCUCUCUGUGGCCGCCAUCCGCUUCCUGCGCUGCUGUGUCGUGCUCAAGGACGGCUUCUACGUGCGCUAUCUGGUGAAGAACCGUCUGCUGGACCCGGUAAUGGCGGCCUUCCGCGUCAACGGGGCGCGCUACAACCUCCUCAACUCCGCCGUGCUUGAACUCAUUGACUUCGUGCGCAAGGAGAACGUGAGGCCGCUGGUGGCGUACAUAGUGGAGUCGUACGGCUCGUGGCUUGACUGCAUUGACUACGUUGACUCCUUCAAGCUGCUCCGACUCAAAUACGAACAGAAUCUCGAGUCCAACAGACCAGCUGUGCCUCCCCCUGUCGUCAUUCUCCCCCCUUCCACCUCCCACCACCACCACCACCAUCAUCACCACCCGCACCAGCACCACCAUCAGCAGCAGCAGCAGCAUCCGCUCUCCUCUCCCCCCGCAUCUCCUCCCCUUCCCACUGCUGCAACUGCGGGCAUGGAAAGACAUGACAAUGACGCUGCGAAUGACGCCGCCACCGAUACACGUGCGCGGGCCAAUGUUGAUGCUCAUGCUGCUCCUUAUAGUGAUGCGGAUGAUGCUACUGAUGCCGCUGAUGCUGAAACCAGAGAUGCUGCUGGUCACGUUGAUAAUACUAACAAUGAUGCUGCUGAUGGUGGUGAUGAUGAUGGUGAGGAGGAGGAGGAAGAGGAGGAUGAGGAUGAGGAUGAGGAGGAGGAGGAUGUGGAAGCUGAAGGCGAGGGUGGUAGCAAUGACGAAACUAACGAUGCCGACGCUAAUGGCGGUGAAACCAAGGACGCUAACAGUAGGAACGUUCAGAGGCUUCCGAACCUCUCUGGUUCAGCAGGAGGCUCGGCACUGGGUGUUGUGCCGGUGAUGGGAGGGGAAUGGGAUGGGGGCGACGAAGGAGAAGGGGGGGUGGAGGUGGAGGGUGGGAGGGGGAGAGGGAGGGGGAGAGGGAGAGGGAGAAGACAGAGAGGCAGUCGAGAAGGGGAGGUGGAUGUGGAUCCGCAAAAUAACGGUUUCCAACAAGAUGGCAGUGAUGAGGAUGCUGACAACCCCGAGUCUGCACCAGCAACGGUGCCAGGAACCCACUCCCCCCCUCUCCACCCGCCCCACCCAUCCCACCUUCCCAUUCCCCUGCCCUCCCUCCACCACCCCCUUCGCCUCCACCCCCACCGGCUGCCCCCACACCAAUCCCUCUCCCCCACCGCCCGCCGGCCCUUCUCUCGUUCACCCUCUCCCCCUCUCGGACGGCCGUCUUUGUCUCCGCCCGCCCGCCCGUUGUCCCCAUCUGCCCGGCACUGCAUGUCACGAUCGCCCUCGCCGCCCCCACCACUGCCCCCACUGCCGCCCAUCAACGGCACCAUUGGCAGCGAGUCUCGCAGGAAACGGCCGCGUGGGUGCAUGGACUCGUGUGCACCACAGGCAGAAGCCGGUGCGGAUGGGAGGGGGGAGAGUGGCCGUGAGCAGGGAGGGGAAAGCAGCGGAGUGGCAGCAGAGGGAGGGGAGCCGGGGCCUAGCAGCAAGGCACUUGGUAGAAAACGCAGGUCUAUCGAGGGGAGGGGCGUGGAUGAGGGCGAGGAAGCAGGAGGGGGUACGAGGAAGGAGAGGAGGCAGUUGAGUGUGGUGGUGGGGGAAGGGGACGGGGAGGGCGCUGGGGAGGACCAAGGGGAUUAUGGGGAUGGCAGUCCCAAGGGGGCUAGUCCCAAGGCACUGUGCAUGAGGAAACGGUUCCUGCAGGUGCGCACUCAGGAUAACACCACUGCGGUGCCUCUGGGGGAGGUGGCUCCUGGGGGAGGGCCGCCCAAGGGAAGCGGAGGGGCGCAGGGAAGGGAGGAGCCGACUCUUGGUGUGUGCUCCCCUCGCCCUGUGCUCUGUGACCCGUGGCGGAGCGCGAGGGGGAAGGGGCGAGAGCGGGCAGGGAGUGCGGAGGGAGGAGAGGGCGAUGGUGCUGAUGGUGGUGGUGAUGAUGGUGAGUGGGCUGUGAGACUGGCUAUGGCUGAGGAGGAGGAGGAGAGGAGGCAGGCAGACGGGGCUGAUGGGGAUGGCAACAAGGGUGGAGGGAGUGAGGGAGCGAGGGGAGGUGGAGGUGUGGAGGGCGAGUGUGCAGGCAGUGAGGUAGCAUGUGGGGAUAGCGAUGUGGGGGGAAAGGGUGGUAGAGAUGCAGAGGAAGGAGGGGAUGACAUGGAUGGGGCUGGAAAGGGGGAGUUAGAGGGCCAGGAGGAGGAGAAUGCACAUGAGGAGAAUGCACAUGGGGAGAAUGCACAUGGGGAGAAUGCACAUGGGGAGAAUGCACAUGGGGAGAAUGCACAUGGGGAGAAUGCACAUGGGGAGAAUGCACAUGGGGAGAAUGCACAUGGGGAGAAUGCACAUGGGGAGAAUGCACAUGGGGAGAAUGCACAUGGGGAGAAUGCACAUGGGGAGAAUGCACAUGGGGAGAAUGCACAUGGGGAGAAUGCACAUGGGGAGAAUGCACAUGGGGAGAAUGCACAUGGGGAGAAUGCACAUGGGGAGAAUGCACAUGGGGAGAAUGCACAUGGGGAGAAUGCACAUGGGGAGAAUGCACAUGGGGAGAAUGCACAUGGGGAGAAUGCACAUGGGGAGAAUGCACAUGGGGAGAAUGCACAUGGGGAGAAUGCACAUGGGGAGAAUGCACAUGGGGAGAAUGCACAUGGGGAGAAUGCACAUGGGGAGAAUGCACAUGGGGAGAAUGCACAUGGGGAGAAUGCACAUGGGGAGAAUGCACAUGGGGAGAAUGCACAUGGGGAGAAUGCACAUGGGGAGAAUGCACAUGGGGAGAAUGCACAUGGGGAGAAUGCACAUGGGGAGAAUGCACAUGGGGAGAAUGCACAUGGGGAGAAUGCACGCAGUGGUGCAAUGAGCCUUGGAGAUGAGGCAGGAGGGGCAGAUGCACGGACAGCAGCAGCGGGAGGUGCACAAGGUGCAGCAAGGUCGGUGGUUGAGGCGUUGAGGUAG